AUGGCCCAACCAGCUCUCCAAAUCAUUAAACUCACCUCCGAAGAGCUAGCAAGUAAAAAGCUAAGCUCACGCACCCUCCAAGCAGCCCUGGAAGCCCUCCACAAAGACGGAAUCCUGGCCCUCGAAAACGCGGUCGACACCACCCACCUCGACAAACUCAACGCGCGCAUGAUCCCCGAAGCCCAAAAGCUCUACUCAAACACAGCCACGCACCGCAAUUUCGGCCAAGCAACGGGGAACAUCCAACAAGAACCCGUCGUCGAGGCGGACUACAUCUUCGAAGACAUCCUCGCCAAUCCAUGGGCGACAUCAAUUGUCGAGCACGUGAUCGGACCGAACCCGCAACUACGCUUCUACAGCGCCAACACCGCAUUCAAAGCCAGUGGUCGACAACCACCACAUAUAGAUGUUGACUUUGCAAUGCCCCGCAUACCGUUUGGUUACUGCAUCAACAUCAAUCUAGUCUCCACGUCACCGGAAAACGGGGCAACGGAGGUCUGGCUAGGUAGCCACAUCGACACGGAUGAUUCUGUAUUUGAUCGAAAAGCGGGUGACCUGCAGAUUAAGGCUGAGCUUUUAGAGCAACGAAGAAAGAUUAGUCCACCUGUUCAGCCCUCUUUACCGAAGGGAUCGUUGAUUGUUCGGGAUCUAAGGCUGUGGCAUGCUGGUAUGCCGAAUAAGACGGAUGAGCCGAGGGUGAUGUUGGUUUCUAUUCAGUUUCCGAGUUGGUAUCGCAGUAAUCAGAGGUUAAUUUUGCCGAGGGUGUUGGAGGAGAAGAUUGAUUUUGGGAGGACGGUUCCAUUUGUGGAGUGGGUCGGGGAGGACUAUGAUUAUUUACAGGGUGCUCAUGAUCAUGAUUUAACGUUGAAGCCGUGA